CCCGCCCUCGGCUGGAGGUCUGACUCGCGCCUGCCCAGUCAGUUUGUCUCUGCUUUCUCCUUCACUGCGCCCCGCUGCACCGAACAACGCCGUUAAACUCUGCACGCGCCGCCCCAUAAUCCAAGACAUGGCAGAGAAAGGAGUGGGGUGUGAGGUUCAGCAGGACAAGACAGGAAAAGGGGAUCAGGCAGACAACAAAGGCCACUGUGUGACAUGUCAGCACUACGCACCUAAGGGACAUGGCACAAUGGCCGUCCCUCCUUCAUACUCAGACUUGGGGAAAUCUGCCAAAGACAUCUUCAACAAGGGCUUUGGAUAUGGAAUUCUAAAGCUGGAUGUUAAGACCAAGUCCCAGAGUGGUGUUAUGGAGUUUGCCACCUCCGGCUCCAACAACACGGACACAGGAAAGUCAGGAGGCCACCUGGAGACCAAGUACAAAUUGAAUGAGCUGGGCCUCAGCUUCAACCAGAAAUGGAACACAGACAACACUCUCACCACAGAAAUCACCAUGGAGGACCAGCUGGCUAAAGGCCUGAAGCUCGGUUUGGAUGCGUCAUUUGUGCCAAACACUGGCAAGAAGAGUGCCAAACUGAAGUCUGGCUACAAAUGUGACUUUGUAAAUGUUGGCUGUGAUCUGGACUUCGACAUGUCUGGUCCCACUGUCCACGGAGCUGCUGUGCUGGGCUACGAGGGCUGGCUGGCAGGCUACCAGUUGGCUUUUGACACAUCCAAAUCUAAACUGAUCCAGAACAACUUUGCCCUUGGAUACAAGGCCGGUGACUUCCAGCUUCACACCAACGUUAAUGACGGCACAGAGUUCGGUGGCUCCAUUUACCAAAAGGUGAACAGCAACUUAGAGACGGCGGUCCACCUGGCCUGGACAGCUGGCAGCAACAACACGAGCUUUGGAAUUGGAGCCAAAUACCAGCUGGAUAAGGACGCCUCCCUGUCUACCAAAGUUAACAACGCCUGCCUCGUUGGAGUUGGAUACACACAAACCCUCAGGCCAGGAGUGAAGCUCACCCUCUCAGGGCUGAUUGACGGGAAGAACGUGAACGGAGGUGGACACAAAGUCGGCUUGGGUUUCGAGCUGGAAGCGUAAAGAUUCAGCAAGAGGAGAGAAGUGCAACACAAGAAAAGAAUAAAGAGCCCAAAUGUGAAAAAACAGUUAAAGUCGACCCAGCGACAAGUAAACACAUCUUCCCUCUGAGUCCUACACACAUAUGCACACAGAUACACAUAUUCGUUGGCCUUAUCCCUGAAACCCAGAGCAGCCUCCGAGACCUCCGGCACUGUAAUUUUAAAAGUCAAGAAUGUUCUUGUGUUACUUUUUUUUUUUUUUAAUUUUACAUUAUUUACAACUCUCACAAUAUUCUAAUAUUUGAUCAGAUAUUAUCAGAAUACUAGACUUGUCAACAAGCAAUUCAUGCAUGUUCUCCAAAAAAUUAGCUGCUCAUGACCAGUUUGACCAGACGAAGUGCACUUCCAACAGCAGCUUGGUCAGCUUGUUUUUGUUCAGAUAUACUCUGGGUUUUAGACAUUAAUAAGGUAGAUGGAUGUUUUUUUUGGUAUUUUGUGUUUUCAAGGCAAGGAGGAGGUUUUGACUUUUCAUUGUCACAUUGACAAGUACAGUGACUGUAAACAGAUGCAAUAAAUAUAUAGCUGGACAGAAUUAAGCGGGGAAAAAAAGACAGUAUGGCUGAUCCUUCUCAGAGUGAGUGGACUUUGAUCUCACCAAUAGACCUCAGUAACACAGUUUUACUGUGAACCUUCAGUUGCCUAAAUGUCUUUUUCAGGUUCUGUUUGGUAAAAGGGCUGACGGUAAUUUGAGACUCUGUGUCACCUCUUUGUCUUGUCUCGUUUUGUGUCCUGUACCUGUUCAACCUUUACCACUUCAUCUGUGCUGUGCUUUGUAUAGGAUAUCUAGUCAACAGUUAGGACCUCAAACUGAUUUUAUUGAAUUAAUGGAAUAAAGAAUGUUAAACACUA